GCGGCCCCCGCGCUGGCCUGGGAGUGGGGCGCAGCCUCCGGGCACCGGCUGGGAAGAAGGAAGGGUUCACCCCUUUCCUGCCACGGAAACCGAAGGGACUCAGAGCCCGCGGGGUGGCGGUGCGCCCGCCGAGUCGCACCCCGCCAUGACAUGGCGGUCCGUGGGGCUGCUGGCGCUCUUCUGCUGCCAGCUGCAGGCGGGCAGUGCCGCCCUCCCGGCGCCUGCAGCCACCCGGCCCGGGAAGGAGGGCGGCGGCGGUCGGGGCCGCCCUCCGUGGGACAGAGGCGGCCGGGAGCAAGAGGCGGCGGCGGCCCUCCGGGAAAGUGCUAAAAGAAUUAGAUUACUGAAUUCAUCAUCAAAAGAUAAUACAACUGCUUUCUAUGGAAUAAAUCAGUUUUCUCACCUGUUUCCUGACGAGUUCAAAGCUAUUUACUUAAGAAGCAUACCUCACAAACUUCCCAGAUACACAAAAGUGCCAAAGGGAAAGGAAAUACCUUUGCCAAAGAAGUUUGACUGGAGGGACAAGAAAGUCAUUGCACAAGUGAGAAAUCAGCAAACAUGUGGAGGCUGCUGGGCUUUCAGCGUUGUGGGUGGUAUAGAGUCUGCCUAUGCAAUUAAAAGAAACAACUUGGAAGAGCUCAGUGUGCAGCAAGUUAUUGACUGCUCAUACAAUAAUUACGGCUGCAAUGGAGGAUCCACUGUUAGUGCUCUGAGCUGGCUGAACCAGACAAGAGUGAAACUCGUGAGAGAUUCAGAAUACACUUUUAAAGCUCAGACAGGACUGUGCCAUUAUUUUGAUCGCUCAGAUUUCGGCGUUUCAAUAACAGGAUUUGCUGCAUAUGACUUCAGCGGUCAAGAAGAAGAAAUGAUGAGGAUGCUUGUUAACUGGGGCCCUUUGGCAGUAACAGUAGAUGCAGUUAGCUGGCAGGAUUAUCUUGGUGGAAUCAUACAGUAUCACUGCUCCAGUGGAAGAGCAAAUCAUGCUGUUCUUGUGACUGGUUUUGACAGAACAGGUAGUAUCCCGUACUGGAUUGUACAGAACUCUUGGGGGCCUACGUGGGGAAUAGAUGGCUAUGUUCGUGUUAAGAUAGGCGGCAAUGUCUGUGGUAUCGCAGAUAUAGUGUCAUCAGUUUUUGUUUGACACUUCUCUGGGCCAAAGACCACAAAUAUCGUUUGGACACACACUGUAUAUGAAGAUGUAUUUCAAAACAACGUUUUCUAAAAUAAGAAAUUGCUAUAAGGGCAAUUCCUGCUUCUAGGCAGUACAGGAAUAGAUGGCUGCAGUUUUUAAAAACAUUUUUAUGUCAAAUUUGUGUUGUGUGUCAAAUUUCUCACAGAAUAAGAAGACUCAGAAUCAACUGCAGGGUUACAAAGAUGGACUGAAACCUCAAAUGUGAACUCUAUCCAGGGUUGAAUACUAUUCCAUAGAAAAAUAUUAAAAGGAAAGCAGUGGUGGCAAAUGAGAAGGAAUUUGGAUCAAAAAAUCAGUAGUACAACAGAGUGUAUUUUAAAUUAUUUGAAUAUAAAAAGAACCAUGAGUAACAAUUUAGAAAGUCAGCAAUUACAGAAUACAUCAAAUUGAGUGAGUGUUAAAUUUCCCUGCGUUAAUUGAAUUCAUAGGUGAGACUUCCUGGGAAUCAAAAAGGGGUUCCAGCUUUGCUGACGUGUGAAACUGCAGCUGCAGGCAAAUGUAACUAGAACUCACAACCAAACGUGUAAUUCUAAAAUGCUCUGAGUUUUUCAUCUGCAGUGCUUUACCUGUGUCUUUUAAGAAACCCUACUAUGAAAAGUGUUGAAGCAAUUCUGUAAUUUUUGCACUCAAUUACUGUACCAAGUUAAUAGGUUUUUUAUAAACUUUUUAUGAAAAAUGCAA